GUGACGGGGACGCGCGCAUGUUUGAGAGUGAACCGGACCAGCGCUUCACUUUAACUCCGCACGCCGGAGUGUCCCGGUUCUUCAUUCAACCCGCGACCGGCUCGAGUCCGUUUGGACAUUUUGGGAUGUUUUUUACAUUUUUUAUUACAUGCGAGUCUUUUUGGAGACGUGACGACCGGAUUCGUGCGUAAAGCUGCAAAAACAAACGUGCCAAUUGAUUUUUACGCGUUAAAACUACAAAACUUCCCAGAGUUCAGUUUAGUGGUGUUUCGCUGCGGCGGACGUGCUUCCGGUUGAGGAUGUCCGCCAGGUGAGCGGCGUUCAGGUGAGCUUCGUUCAGGUGAGCUUCGUUCAGGUGAGCGGAUGACAUGAGACCAGGAUGGCCUUUACGCACCGGCUCGCUCUGCUCCUGCUCGGCUUCACCUUCAUCCACACGGUUAAUGGAAAGUUUCCUCACUGCCAGUUUCAGUGGGAGAUGCAGAGAGCCAGCAAAGAGUGUGGGACGCUGCUGCAGCAGACGGCCGCCAGCACAGGAUGUCGCGGCGAGUGGGACAACGUCUCGUGUUGGCAGAGGGCGGCGGUCGGCCAGGUGAUGACCCUCCCAUGCCCCUCCCCCAUCCUGCGUCUGUUUGGAAAAAACGGUAACCUGAGUAGGAACUGCACGCAGGGCGGCUGGUCCGCCGUCUACCCCCCCGUGGACGUCGCCUGCUGGUCCAACGACACGGGCGAACCCAACGAGCUGGUCUUCUACCGGGUGGUGAAGAUACUGUCCACUCUGGGUCACAGUCUGUCCUUCAUCACUCUGCUCACCAGCACCAUCAUCAUCUGUCUGUUCAGGAGGCUCCACUGCAUGAGGAACUACAUCCAUCUCAACUUGUUUGUGUCCUUCAUGCUGCGAGCGGCGGCCGUGUUGACGAAGGACACACUUCUGUUAUCUGAGGACCAGAACACGGACUGCAGCACGCAGCCCUCACUGGUGGGCUGUAAGGCCAUCCUGGUGUUCUUCAACUACUUCGUCAUGGCCAACUUCUUCUGGCUGCUGGUGGAGGGUCUCUACCUUCACACGCUGCUGCUCGUCAUCCACAGCGCCGCCACCCGCCUCUCCACCUACAUGCUCAUCGGAUGGGGAAUCCCUUUUGUCUUCAUGGCGGCGUGGAUCGUAUGUCGGAUCCACCUGGAGGACACACAGUGUUGGGAGAUGAACGACAACCUGAUCCCCAACCGGCUUAUGAACUGGCCCAUCAUGGCGUCCGUCAUCAUGAACUUCCUGUUGUUCGUCAGCAUCAUCCGCAUCCUGGUGCAGAAACUACGCUGCACUGACCUCGGAGGAAACGAGCAGUCGCAAUACAGGCGUCUGGCUAAGUCCACCCUGCUGCUCAUCCCUCUCUUUGGGAUCAACUACGUGGUGUUCGUGUACGUCGAGUCGGCUGAUAAAAACAUGCAGCGCAUGAAGAUCUUCUUUGAUCUCGCCCUCGGGUCCUUCCAGGGUCUCAUCGUGGCGGUCCUCUACUGUUUCCUGAACAGCGAGGUCCAGAUCGAGCUGAGGAGGACGUGGAGGAGUUUAUCUCUGGAGCGCUACGUGGGGCGGGACUACAGGCCGCACGCCAUGUCGGUCAGCCGCAACGGCAACGAAAGCUCCGCCCAGUUCCCCAGAAGCUCCCGGGCCCAGUCCAUCCUGCAGACGGAGACCACCGUGCUCUGACCGGAGGGGCUCGGGACUGAUCCAGGAGCAGUCCGGGGACGCUUUGAUACACGCAUCGGUUGCUCCUGCAGGAGUUCCUCAGGUGGACGACUUCCUGUUGGAAGACUUAUGAAUUCACGGAGAGAGACCGCAUCCAGGGAUGCAAUAUGAAGGCCUGCUCUGAAGGAAAUGGAAAUAAAGAAGUCAAAUACUGGUUCAAUAAAUGAAACGACACACUUUCAUUUGAUUGAUUUCAUGAUUCCAUGAACAGGAAAAAAGCAAUUUCCUUUCUUUUGGGUUAUUAUCUCCUUUUUAAAGUGUGCGAAGAACUUUAAAAAGGAGCCAUAAAGAAAGAAUGUACGCGUCAUAUAUAUGUUUUAUUAAUAACAAGGAAUUACAAGAUGUGGUGGACAAUCACGUCACGUGUUUUCUCUUUGUUUUGGGUCCAAGGAAGCCGAUUAUUUCAUGUGAGAUUGACCUUGAAGUGUCAGCGUGAAGACGGUGGCGGCCUCUAGUGGUGAGGUUGCAGAUGGAAACGGUGGACAAUGUGAAUGUGCCCAUCUUCCAGUGUUUGUUUUGUCCAUUCGGGGCUUCUGUGGAAACAUUGCAAUGCAACAUGGCGCACUUUGUUUUAUUAUCUUUAUUUUCUCCCAAGAGUGUUCGGCUAAGUCCCGCCCUACUGUGCUGUGAUUGGAGGAACAUAACGGACAUAAACAGCUCGUUCUUGGCUAUGAUUCUUAUUCUUUGGUGUUUAUACAUUUAAGAAAACAAGCUUAUUAAUAAUAUAUUCCAUUUCUGUUAAUAGUGUCAAAUAAAAGCUCCACACGGUCCCUUUUUAAAUAUUACCUGCUGACUUGGAAUUCAAUAUUCUUUGGUAGUUUUUGAGGUCAUUUCAAGUUUCGUGACCCCCUGAAAAUGAAACAGUUAACUACCAGUUAUAAUAACACCUGUUUGAGUAUGUGUUGUUGUUCUUUACGGCCUAAACAGGUUAAAUGGUCCCAGAAAUCCAUUUUUCUGGUCAAUCAUCUCACGAGCUUCAGAUUUACCUUGCGGGCUCGUGACUGCAGAGGUGAUUAGAGCCGGGACCGGAUUUGAGACCCCAAAACUAUUCAAUGAGGAGUCAUGGUCUUCAAAUGAAACGCAGUAAAAGAAUUAAUAAAACCGUUCUACUUGCAGCCAAAACAACGAUCGCCUCGUACUGAGAACGAUUGUUUGGUAUUUGCUACGUUUGUAUUUUGUAUUUUGUACACAUUUGAGUGUUUUAAUGAGAGAUCUCUAAUCUUUUGAACACGACUGUUGAUGUGUGCCUGUGUUUUAUGUAUAAACGCUUUUAUCUUG